UCAGCUCCGCGCGCGCUCUUGUUUUUCGGUACGCGCGGCUCUACACACACGUUACGCAUCAUCCCUUGUGCCGAGGUGUGCUUUAGUGUAUUCUGGUCUCGCAUUCCGUGUGUGCGUUGUGUGCCUCACAUCCGUACCGGGGCCGCCCCGUGUUGUUUUGUGCUCUCGCGCUUCGUGUUUGUGCGCUGUUGUGCUACUACCCAGCGGCGCGACCAGGAGUAGAAGCGUACAUAGUAAUAUAAACAAGAAUGUUAAUGAUGUAUAAUGAUGUUUAGCAGCAUUCCGGUUCAGUUAAAAGAACCGACAGUGAAAAAACUGCAAUAGAAAAGCAAUGUUUUUAGUGAUAUCGGUCCACGUAUUGUCAGCAAAUUGGCUACCGGUGGUAGUUGUGUGACCGGCGUGUUCGUACUGUGCAGUGUUGUAUCGUGCCGCUGUGAAAGAUUAAAAAGCAUCGAUUUGAAAUAUUUAUUAGGCGUGAAUCAUAAAACCACCACCCCCCUUUGCCGCUCCGUCCGCAGUCCUCCCACGCCCGUCUGGUGUGUGUGUGUGUGUGUGUGCGCGCGCGUUCGGGUGGCGGAAGGUUUCGGUUGCGUAUUGACACGGGCGGCCGCCCCAUUGUUUGCACGCAAAACCAGUUAUGCAUGCGUAGGUGGUUCCGCGCCGCGGCAGUGUGCACGAGGAGAAGGCCUCGCGAAUAAUCACCAACACAUACAGAUAGCGCGGCGAAGUGUGCUUUGCCCACCGUGUAGUGGCUGGCGUAGUGUGAUGUGGUGAUGCACACGGCGACCGCCACCACCAUCACCAACGUCGUGUGUGCAUCAACGCCCUCGUCCCGGCGCCGGCAGUGUGUGAUGCAUUCGGCCCAUUGUUGGACGGCUUCGUCGCUGCCCGGUGGUGCUGGCUGUUGCAGUAGUAGUGGUAGUAGUAGUGGUGGUGGCAGUGGUAGUGGUAGUAGCAGUGGCGGUAGUGGGGGCGGCGGUGGUGGAAGCGAUAGUGAGGGCGAUUGACCGGAAAACAUGCGAACCGUCAGAUACGAUCGUCGUAGGUCCGGAUCCGCUGCCUUUUUGGCUUGCAAACAACUGCAGUGAAACGCAAAUAACAAGAAGAAGAGCGGCAAGAAAGGCAGGAGGGUGCAAACAGAAAAGAACAAAACAACAACAAACAGCUCGACAGCAGCAACAACAACAACAGCUGGCGCAUCAAUCAAUAAACGACUCACACACACACACACACACUUACACAGUGUUUUUUGUUGUGUGUGGUGCCGUGGAUAGAAAAGUUCUCUCGGUUUAUAGUGUUAUUCUUGUGAAGCAAAAGUAAUAAAAACAAAGGAAGCGUUCCUGCCCCCAAUGGGUAGCAACCCCUGUAUUGUGUUGUGGUGGUGCAUCGACAGCAAGAACAGCAGCAUCAGCAGCAACAGCAGCAGCAGCAGUAUCAGCAGUUGCAAGCGAAACCGCAACAGUUACAGCAGCAGUCGGCAUCCGAGCUGCCUUUGCAAAAAUUAAAUACCACACAAAUGGUGAAGGAUUUUUUAUGGCGCUGCUCUCAUUUCGACUUAGUAUUCUGUUUACAAUAGGAUUGCUGUUGCUGAAUGGAUUCGUUUCCGAUUCGUCAGUGCUCGCAUUUGUCAACGAAGAAGGUCCGGAGCGGCUGCGGCUAAUAGCCGCACCGCCGUCGCACGUCAUCGUGACGGGCAGCCGCAGUGCGCCCGUCUAUCUGCCAUGCCAGGCGGAGCUCGGGCCGGACACGUCCGACGACAUACCGAACAGCAGCUACGGCGACGAGUAUCUGGACGAGCACAAUGAGGAGGACGAGGAGGAGGAGGAAGAUGAGGAGGGUUACGACGAGGACACUGACGAGAUGGAGGAUGACUUUCUGCCCCACACCUCCUCGCUGGUGACGAACAACGAUCUGACCAAUGGCGACCACCGCCAGCAGUUGCAGCAGCAGCAGCAGGCGCAGCAGAACGGUCAGCAUUUUUCGCGCCAAUACAAAGACUACGACGACACGGAGGAGGAGGAGGAGCGUCGACGGCGGCGGCGAAAGCGAUAUGUGCACACGCAGCGGCGAGGGGGCGAAUAUUACGGGUCGCCGGGCAGCAUCUUUGAGUACGUGUGGUAUCGCAAUGGGCUGGAGUUUCUUACCACCUCAUUUCAGAACCAGAACCAGCGCCAGACGCAUAAAGGAUUCCGGCUGUUCGAGAACGGUACGCUGCGCAUCCUGUACAACCGGCAGAACGGAAACAUUGUGGCGGGCGUUUACCGGUGCAUGGCCACGCUUGUGAGCCAUCAGCAGCGGUACCAGGGUUCGAUCCUGUCCACCGAAAGUACCGUUUCGAUUGCGUAUCUUGAACGGGACAAUCAGAUAAAUUUCCCCAACAACACGAUCGUCGUGCGUGCGAACGAACCAACCGUCCUUCCCUGCCCGUUUCAAAGCUAUCCAGCAGCUAAUAUAACCUGGUCGAUGAACAAAACUGUGCUGCUGCUGCAUUCAAAUUUUGGCAACGCAAGAGACAGCAGAUUUUUUUUACUGCAAAAUGGCAGUCUGCUCAUCACGGACGUGCAACUGAUGGACAGUGGACGGUAUCGCUGCAACGCCACCAAUAAUUACGUCGCCAAAAACGUGCGCAGCACCAGCUUCAAUCUUGCCGUGAUUAGUGCACCCCCAAGUAGCCUUACGGUGGAGAGAAGGAAACGUCUUCUGCCACCCCUUCAGCCGGUGCGCCUGUCGGUGCGUGCUGGCGAUACGCUUCGGCUACAUUGCGCCUGCUACUCGUGCAAACCGCAGUGGCUGUUCACGCCCCGGCAAAGCCAAAUCCCCAUACGGCUGGAAAACUUCACCCACCAAGUUGCGUUCGUGAACGUUUCGGUCGAGCGUCACGAGGGUACGUUCACCUGCCGAACGCCGGACGGCACCGAUCGGCAAGCGUUCAACGUGACCGUGCUGGUUGCACCGGCUAUUGUCAGCAAAAUUGCCUCGUACACCUCGUCGGUAGUGGCGUCGAUGGCGUUCAACUGUACCGUCACGGGGAAUCCGAUGCCGGCCGCCAUCUGGUACAAGAAUGGGCGCGAACUUACCAGCAACUAUAUCGUGCACCACAACUAUCCGAUGCUGCAAAUCAACACUCUCGAUCCGGAGGACGAAGGGCUGUACCAGUGUAUGGCGCGGAACGAGGCGGGCGAAGUUUCCGUCUCGUCCUACCUGACGAUCCGCGACCGUCAGAAGUAUCGGCACAAGGCAAAGCGGCUCGAUGGCAUCAGGUGCUACCCGGUGGAUACGACCAGCCUGUACUUAACGUUUACCGUGCCACCGCACGUGAGCGCAAAUAUCGAGUAUGUAAUGUACUAUCUGGCCAGCGAUGAUCCGUUCCGGUGGUACAGCUCGCCUCCGACGCACCUGGCGGCCAAUGGAAGCCUGCGGAUCAGCGGCAAGAUGGUGGAACCGUUCCGGAACUAUACCGUGUUUUUGCGCGCCUGCUCGGUGAGUGACAUCUCCGGGACGGAGAAUAUGCGCGGCAACGGUGCACCCGGCAUGCAGAAAGUGAUCCCGUCCAGAUUGUCUCGUGGAAUUCGGUGCGCAUCGCAAGGAUACCCAAUUCUGUCGACCUUCUUUCCUAACAACGGGAUUUUCAUCUGGUGGCCCAAGCACGAUGGAAUACAGCCGACCGCUUUCACCAUACAGCUUCGGCAUGGUGGGAACAGUAAUUUGACCACCUUUACGAAUCAAAUCAUCGGUACGGUCGACCCGCUAGAUGAUUACAUGUCGCACGACGAGGUAGAACCACUGCUUGGGAAGAUUGAGGCAGAAACCAAGGAAUUGCAAGAUUGGCUAUGGAAUGAGAAUGACGCAACAGAGGGGGUAAGUGACGGUAACAAGGGUGCGGAUAAUCUUUCCCAUCAAAGACGACGCCGCCGCCGGCGCCAGAGUCACCGAGAGGGUAGACGCAAUCGGCACGCGUUCGAUCUGUCGAAGGAUCGGAAGCAAAUUUUCGACUCACUGGCCACUAGUGGCGCAAUGGAUGUGGACGUACCGAUUCCAGUGAAUGCGGACCACAUUCGAUCCUCGAACGUGUCCAGCAUACAGGCGGCCGUGGCAGCAGCGAAACUUUCGACCGCCGGCCAAGUAAGCCUCGGUGACGACGCUCAAGCUCGGAAAACGCACCAACAGAUUACGGUGACGCAGGUAAAGGUGGCAGGCAAUGUGACGGGCAUUCUGCUGCCAAACAUCCGUAGCGUGAUGGUGCGUGUGUUGGGUUCGUUGUCUGCAGAUGGUGAACCAGCGGUACAAGACUUGCGGUACGUCGAGUGGAAAGUGAUUGAUACCGAUGCUCCACGGACCGAUGCCGUCAAUAGAUUUCAGGCGAGUCACAUCGAUUCCCGAAGUGUGCAGUUUACCUGGAGCCGUUUCGUUGCCACCAAAGCGAUAAAUCGGUGCCUGCAGCUGUGUUACAAAAACGUCAACUACGAUGUGACGAUGCGCGGAGGAUCCAACCGGUUCGACUGUCAGAAGAUUCCAAAGGAUGCGUCGUAUCACAAUGUGAAGGAUUUAGUUCCAGUUACUAUGUAUAAAGCUUUUUUGAAGCCCUGCGAAUCGACCGAAGCACUUAGCGAUAUUCUGGACUUUCAAACAAAGCACGAUGUUCCCGGGCCCGUUACGAAUCAUGAGCUUCAUCGCAAGGGCGGCACAAUAAGCAUAACUUGGGGUCCGCCCGAAAACCGUAACGGUGUACUGCAGGGCUAUCUAGUGGAAUGGAUAACGGAGGAUAGUGUGCAGCAUUCGGCGAAUCUUUCGGCCGAUGCGAUCAGCUUCACCUUUCCCAACGUAACGUCCGACGAGCGUAUCAAUAUAUCGCUCCGCGCACUAAGCACUUUUGGGCUUGGUAUACCGAUUUAUCUAAAUUUGAAAAAUUACGAGGGCAUUGUAAGUGGCGGCGAUGGGAACGGUGCUGGUAACCCGACCGGAUACAACGACCGUUGGCUCUUCCAGCUCUACUUAAUAGCGAUCGUGUUGAUAUUGUUCGUGGUAAUGGCCAUAUUUUGCUACCUGCUGUUGCGACGGAAAGCGUGCAAAAAAGCGAAUAGCAGCGCUGGCGCUCCACUUAAUAACCGAGCGCCGGUAACAACCGCUGGCAGCGAUGUUCGGCAUCAUCUUGCGAUCGAUGCGUCCGCGAUGCAGAUGAUGGGUAUGAUAACGGGGUGUAAUAACGACAUGCAUGAGAUGCAAACACUCAUCCGCUCCAGCAACAACUAUCCAGCGCGUGCAAACGGAACAGUAAUGGCCAACGGGCUCGCGAUUAACACGUACGGUCAAACCAUUCCGGAAACGAAUCCGGUCCCCGUAGCGGCACUGAUAACGCGGAAUCGGCCUCAGCCACGGAAAUCGUAUCACGCACCGUCGGCAAACGUACCUCUGAGCGGAACAGUUUCUAGGGCUGCCAGUAAAGCGGGCCCGUGUACAGUUAUUACUUCCUACAAAGAGCUGUUGGGUAAGGAACGGCUAGACUGUGUAGGGAGCAGCAGCAGCAGCAGUAGCAGCUGUGGCAAUGAAAGAUUUGCUCCUCCUGUUUCCAAUAUACCUCAGCGAUCAUCGACAAAAGUGGGUGGUCAUUACGACGGAACUGAUAAAGGUUCUUCCGGUGCAAACGACGCGGCUGCUACGAGUAGAGACAGUUGCUUGCCGGUUAAUCAGGAGUGUUUAGCAACGAAUGGGCCUGUUGCAACAACCUCAAACAACGGGAGCAGCUCAGCAACGCUCACCCGCCGUACAAGUGAACGCAAAUCGUCGCCAACACUUUCAUUCUCGUCCAAACUGCCCUGUGCUGUCCUACCGUUGUCGUCGUCGCCGUCGUCCUCGUGUACAUCCACACCGUCGUCAUUAUCGCCGGCCUCCUCACAAGGCGUGCUGAAACAGCGCUCUCCAGUAGAAUUCGAUAGUAGCCAACGUAGAUUAUUAGAGACAACCUUAGAUAGUAACACAAGCACCAUUAUUGUAGAAGAAGCGAAGCAACAGCAGUUAGAUAUACCAGCAGCACUCGCACCACCACCACCACCAACAACAACCACAACACCCCAACACCCAGUAGAAAUUUAUGAUUACGACUAUGCAACGAACUGUGAUGAUGAAAGGGAAGACGAAAGAGACCAUAGCCGGCAGCUACUGCUCGCGCAGGAAUGCCGGGAGGUGCCUGAACAUACAACGAGUCCGUUGAUGGGACCGAUGCCAACAGAUCAGCCCACUGCGGUGCUCCCUACCUUAAGCGAGCAGGAGAACAAGCUUCACGAGUGUAUCACUCGACGACAGCAGUCGAAAACUCACGAUGAAGUCAAUCAGAACUAUCGCCAUGCUAAUGCGUUCGUGUCGAGCAACGGAGUGGAAUUGGCUUUGGCGAAAAACAAACCACAAACCUACAACCUGAAGCGUAAUCAAGGUGAGGAACGGGGCCACGACGACGACGACAACAACGCCGACGACCACGCCGGCGAUGACGAUGAUGACGAUGAUGAUGAGCUGGAUAAUUCAUCAUCGCUACUGAAUUCAAGCAGCCUCAGUACAAAACCCCUCCACCAGCAAAAUCACACCUCCAGCUGGAAUUUUCGACGACCCAUCAUCGGUCCAAACGGCUAGGUUGAACAGUACGCAGCAACGCCAGCAAACCGGGUGCAUAGUAUCCGUAAUGAAGGGGCCGACAAAAUGGCCGCUUCUUGUGGUGGAAGCAGUUUCUUCCGCCGCCUCUCAGGUACAUUCGUUUUAUGUUAUAGUUUUUGAGAGAGCAGUGAUGACACUGCUUUUCCCCCGUACAGACACAUCCCCUCCUAAAACGACGGUGCACCAUCACACGGUGCACGAUACGAUAUGCUGCUGCGCUUCAGCACAGCAACGACAACAAUUGAUUGUUGGCAUGAUAACGCGAUAACCCCACCAGCGAGCGCGUUGCAUUGUCAGUUGAAAGAUGGGGAAAGGAUUGUGUACGGUACCGCGGGGUGGUAUCGUUCGUCAUCUUAUUAGUAUCAGCAUGCCGCUGGAAAGGUAGUUUAGUAGGAAGUAGGUAACAGGUAGAACGAAGCAGAGGCUUGAUCGUAAUUUUCGAUUACUACUUUAAGUGAUAUUUUUAAUUUGAUGUUAUAACGAGUCUUCUAUAUAUCUUGAAUGUGUUUUUUUUUGUUUGUUCUGCCUUAAGCGCUACCGCUAUCUUUUAUACAUAGUUUCCUUAAGCUCACCCAACUCAAAAAUGCCCCGCUGCGCGUCGUUGUGGUCGAUUGUGUUUUUAGUUUGUUUCUUUUUUUUUUGCAAAGGUUAACAGUUCCCGCCACGCCGCGCGUGUAUAUGAUUAUCUAUAUGUUUCCUAUGAACGAAACGAUUUGCAUUUAAGCACACCACAUACAAACAGAAAGGUGCAGUAGAAGAACACGGACCACUAUGCUCUGGGUACGCGGGUGUACAUUUUGUUGUUACAUUACGUUUUACAAGUUACAGUGUUCCCCACUCGUAGACGUACUCUUUCCCUCCCUAUUUACGUUAAACACUGACAGACACUCCUAGACACAGCAUAUUUAAACUGUUUGCUAUUACACUUUUACUACAAGCCAGAAGGGUAAAUAUCUAGUGGAAAGUGAACUCGAAGUAAUCCGCUUCCACCACCAGUGUGAUCUACAGUAUUGUUUAUUUAUGAAAACUCGCAUUUUUGUGCUUUUUUUAAUCUAUAUUUCUCCAUGACUAUCAUACGUUUGGCUCAUCUUAAGCCAUUUGACGCAUGCUCUCUUGCGUUAAUGUACUGUGUACAGCAAUGCCGGUAAUACAUAUUCUUCUACACACACACCACCACCACCAGCGCCAAUUCCAUUGAUCUAAAAUUUCCAUACGAAGCACGAAGUGAAGAAGUACAUAAAGGAAUGGGAAAUGCGGGAAGUGUAGAAUAUAUAUACUCACAGCAAACUGAAAGUUUUACUUUGUUGCCAAAUAGCACUACUACAGCAGCCAUUCGAUGCGCGUAGAUUGACAGGAAAGCAGCCGCGCCGGUUGGGCUAGUUGUAUUCUUCAAUGAAGAACGGUAACUAGUUGCAACUGCAUUCGAACUCCUCGAACGGGAGCGGCAGCCGAAACGAUGUAAUCGGGAAGCGCCGGACUAAUUUUAAUGGUCUAAUUUUAUAAUCUUGUGUAAUAAUCUCAUCGUCCCACCAAAGAGCAAAAUACUACACACCCUAGCGGUAUGGAAAUAUAUGUAUAUAUAUAUAUACAUGUGCGCUAAUCUACAGGCAGAUAUUUAGCUUCAUAUAUAGAUUCACAUCUUGUUCGCCCCCGAACGCGCUCUUCCCCAUGUUUCUGCUGCUAUUCACUAAUGUACUUCUUCAUCUUCGCAAAAACACCUAUUUUUUACGCUGGGCGGUAUUGAACAAAAAAACGAAAACGGGCCUUGGGUGAGCAAAGCAUAUAUUUUACGCGAAAUGUUUAUAUGACGCGCCUGUCCCCCCUCUUUAUCAUAUUUAUUUAUGCUAUAUAUAUAUAGCGUACAAGUUACAGUGUCCAACAAAACCUAAUGGUUCUGAUACGUGUGCGGUUACACUGCUCCAUUUCCUUUUUGGCUCCCAAUGAUUUGGUUUAAAUGUUCUUCCAAAUUUUAAUUGCAAGUGUAUGAUGAAGAAAGGAAAUGAAAAUAAUAUGGUAUAGAACAGAGUAGAAUCAGUCUUGUAAUAGUUUUUAAAAAAUCACAAACACACACACACACACAAAACAAAUAGCAAAUACACAAAUAGUGAACCACAUACUUCUCCAUCAUUUGGGGUGUGGAUAGAAAACGAAAACAAAACGUAUGCCAAUGCAGAACACAAAACGGAGUAGAAAAGAAGAAAACAAAACAACAACAAAAAACAGUAAAAUUGACCGACGAUAUAAUGAAAUAAGAAUAAUCUGGGUACCUGACUUAUAAAUAGUAGUAAGUAAGUACAUCAUAACCUUAGCGAUGCAUAAUAAUGUGAACGUAAAAAAUUCUAUAUUAAACUAUAGCCCUACAAGCAGAAGAAGAGCGAAGAGGAGUAAUGAGAUGAUUAAUACAGUUGUAAGAACAGUGCUAGUGCUAGUGUGUAAAGCACAGAAGAAGCACAAACACACACACACACACCCAAAACAAAUUACAGAUCUGCAAUGAUCUGUGCUACCCCAUGUGCUGCAUGUAAUAAGGUAUUGUGGUGCAUCUUGUUGUGUAACAAACAAACAGAAAAAAACCCAUCAGAAAAGCCUAGGAUCAACGUAUGACGACCAAAUUCAAAUUCGUAAAGUUCGGCAUACUUCCUUCGUUCUUAUUGAUUUGUUUGAAUCAUGCUGGAAAAAAGAACACAAAAUCGCUUUCUGCAGAAGAAGAAAAGGAAAACAAAUCUCCCGGGCGUGUUUGGCAUUAACGACAACUUUUGGACGGUGGUGUGCCUUGAGUGCAUAAUAAGAGAUAAUACAAUAUGCGGUAAUCGUACAGUAGAACACACUGCACCAGGGACUUUCCAAACAUUCACUGUAUGUUUCAGUUAGCUCUCUCUUUAAAGUACAUUAUUAAUAUUGGUUUGGUCUUGCAUUCUAUAUUGCUAAUUAAAUUGUGAGUUUUAUCAACGCUUUUAUCCAAACUUCCACAUUUAGGGCUUACCCGGAGCUUACUAAUUUACACAACAAUUGCACAAUAGAACAGAAAAACAACCCCUAAACGAUCAGAUAAAGGCAAACAACGCAAAGAGCAGUUGCUGGAGAAAAUGGAAUGAAUCAGGAUGCAUCUUGUACUGGAGUGUUUAAUGUUCCAGUACGAGAGAAGUGUGUUUUGUUGCAUUUUUUUGAUUGAAGUGUGUUCAAAACACAAACAAUGAGUGAAUGAGAACCUUUUCAAGGGAGAGACAGAGAGUGAGAGCGAGACAAACUAAGAAGGUGUGCUUUUGUGGAUAGUGAUGCAAAUUCGUCAUCAAUUCUAACACGGCCGAGGACUUACACCAGUGCUUUCGGUUUGUUCAAUUUCCAACAAGAAAACAUCUUUUAAAAUUCAAAUUCCAAUCUAAUUUAUUUCGCUCUUCCCUAUUGGAUAAGAAGAUUGCGUUUUGCAAAGGCAUGGCUUAACUGCUUACUGUAUACAUUGUACGCUGCUAAAAUUCGAACUGCGUCAAUCCUAUUCCCGUGUGUUGAUGAAAGUAGCGCAAACGAAAGAGAGAGAGACAGAGAUAGAAGUAAGUAGGGCAGAUGUAAGAAAUGUAAGAAGGCAACAUUUUAUUUCCAUUAAGAAAUGCAUCCUCAAUAGGUGUACGCCACAGACGUAAGAAAAAGAAGAAGAAGAAGAAGAGGAAGGAGCAAACAAAAACCCUUACCACAUACGUACAUAAUUCCAUCGGCAAAUUGGCUGCACACUUUCCACAAUCCGCUGCAAAGUUACCAUUUUUUACGUUGUAUUUUUCUGUAUUAUCCGUUUAUAUCCGUUUAGCACCUCCUCUAUCCGUGGAUUAUUGUGCGCGUGUGUACACACACAAGCUACAAGCUCUACCGUGCGUGAAAUAGUAUUGUGUUAAUCUAUUAUUAUUUAUUUAUUAACGCGUCCUAAAUGGGUGGUACCCCUCGUGUCGUUGGAGGAAACAGCAAACAAAAACAAAACAAAAAAAAAACAAACAAACCUAAAAGCAAUAGAAGGAUUGUGUCUGCUUCUAGCAGAUGCAUGUCAUGGGAGCAUACCAACAACAUGUACCAAAAACCGAACAAACAAACAAAGUCACAUACAUAUAUACACAGACACACAAACACACAAUAAUACACAGUUAUUUAUUCUCAACCGCGUGGUGUGGGGUCUGCUUUUGUCCCACGUUCUUUCCAACGGGUUUUCCGCCAAGAAAAGCCGAUAAUCGACAAAAGCACUAGCCCUCGUUUUACCCCGCUAAUACAACCCCAUCCUCCCCACAAAUGAAGUUAAACAGAGAACAUAUCUAACAUUCAAAAUUAUGUGUUAACAAACAAACAAGAAAACAAGAAAACGAAACACGCUGUUAAAGAAGGGUAAAGAACGAUUGACGCGCACACACAACAUGCAAGAUGGGAUAAAAGAGACGUUAAAUAGAAAGGAGAGAAAGAGAGAGAGAGAGAGAGAGAGAGAGAGAGAGA